UUUUAUCGGCUUAAUACAUUUCGGCCUAAUUACUAUCAACCCAGUGGCCUCCUGUUGCGUCGUUACGUCCGAAAAAAAAUUUUUUGCGCGUUUCUGUGCAUUGACCGGAAAAGGGACGACAUUUUUUUUAUGUUCAGAAUUUUUCUGAAUUUCUUUUCGACAUGAAGGGUUUCUGCUCAGGUUUUUUCGUCUUUGUUACCGCUUGGUAAUAAUAAGUUCAAAUCCAAUCAACCAGCCUGCUCUUCUGGCAUAGAGGUAAAACAACUGCUUGAUGUGGUAAAAUAACAGCUUUUUUGCAAACUAGACUUUUUGUGCUUACCGUGCUUGAGACGUCAAAAACAGGGAGAUCGAUUCCAUUUGAAACUUGUUUUUCUUGAAUUUGUAAUUUCUUCUCCAGCUUGUAACACCUUGGGUACUGUGGGCACUGGUAAGCGUUUGGUUCAUUUCCAGGGUGAAUAUAUUCCUCUACAGCCGCCUCUAAUUCUACAGCCUGCAACCUUCGGUCUUUCGGUUUUCCUUCUUUCAACUUUCUUUCUACUUUUGUUGAAUUAAAUAAUGCCGUCGAAUUUGUUUCUCGGAUUUUUUUUUCUGAAAUCAUACUUAAUAUUGAUUCAAAAAUAUGAAAUUUUUGUAAAUAUAGUUUUUAACGCGUAUUUUUGCCAACUUGCUGCCUCCCUUUUACUUUUUAAUUUGUGUUUCCACAUUUCUACGUUUGAGUUGAAACUUUGAUUUUGUUUUUUUUUUUUCGCUUAAAGGUUGAUUCGGUCCUGUGGUUUCAUGUUUUAUCUUAUCAGCUCAGUGUCCUAAAUAUGAAUUGUUGGAAAGAAAAGUUGGUUUCAUCCUUCCGUGUUUCCGGGAGGUUUUAAAAAUCUAUCGCUCAAAAAUUUCUUGGCUUCUUUUUUGUUUUCAGUUCAACUGGCGUCUGGGUAAAGAUUUUAAGAUAAAUGUUAAAAGAAGCACCAAUAGGAAGGUUUUCAAUCGAAGUUUUGAGGUGGAAUUUUUUUGCGAUAGUUCUCUGCGAAGUUUGUAUCGACUUAUUUUGUUUGCGUGCAUUGGACAAUUUUUUACUGACUAUUCGUGUUUCAGGGUUGUAAACUGACCAAGUUGGAUCCGAAAUUAGAAUAUCUCUGUUAGUGAUUUUGAUUUCGGGUUUUUCAUGUGACCAAGUAUCUCACUGCGACUUUUAUUUGUUUUAAUUGACUCGCAAUGCACAAAAUCAACGGAAGUUGAUAAAAAAUUUUGCUAUGUGUGUCUUUCAUUUCGCUGCUAUGGCUACUUUACUAUCGACGGCUAGUUUGAAAACAAAAUAAUUAAAAUGGUAAGAACAUGAUUUUUGUCCAUUUAGUUUCUUUUGAGUCACAUGAUUUUUCAUGCAUGGUUUCAAAGUCCAAUUUUUGUUGUUUUUUUUUUGGGUAAAAAUCACUCUGCGAGGUAUUUUGUCGAUGCUUGAAUACUCUUGGCUACCUGAUUUGAAAUUGGAUAAUUUGAAUCGGAGAUACAAACAUCAAGUACUAUCAAUGCUAGUUGGCUAGAGUGCAAGUAAGACAGAAUGUUCUAACCACGCUUAUUUUCUUCUGAAAUUUGUAAAUUGGGGAAGAAAGUUAAAUAUUUUAAAUUUCUUUUUCGAUUGUCUCAAAAUUUUUUAGCUAAAUUUCAAGUUGUAAGAGGUACAAGGAGAGAAAAAUGAUGCUAUUACCAGAAGCUAUUACAAGAAAAAGUGUUAAUAUCAUAACUUUUUCAAAAAUCGAGGAAUAUAUUGAUCAGAAAUUCACUCGGAAACUUCAGACUGAUAAUUAGGCUGGAACUCCGACAACAUUAUUGAUUUUUUAACGUUCCGGAUAACGGCUGAAAAUUCUUUAUUGUGAUACCACACUCGAACCCCUCCAGAGUUUAUUUGAGGUAGCCAAAAUCGGCUGGUAAAAAGUGAUGUGAUCGGAAGAAAACGCGUUCAUUCACACAGUAAUAAAGGUUUCCAGCCAUUAUAAUCGGAAGUUUUCGAGUACGUUUUGGCUUAAUGUUUUUCCGGGAAUCUUUUUUUUUUAAAUUUGGGCUGAAACAAAAAAGGGUUUGCUCCAUUGAAAAAAAAAAUCAAUUUGAAAAUAAAUCAUCAAUGCACCUUUCGCUGCUUAGUUUAAUGUAAUUCUUUGAUAAAGUGGUCAGUGAUUCGCAAUUGUGCAUCUUUUCUCUUCACACAGUUUUUGAUGUAGACUAUUAUUGUCUGCGAAGAUCCAUUUUUAACUCAAAUUUCAGAACUCAUUCUUAAGUCUCUUAAAUAAAGAGAAUUACAGGAUUCAGAAAAUGGACCAUUGCAUGAUUAUCUCUAUUACUAUGCUGAAAUUCGUUUUUCAAUUCCUGACUGAUUUACGCCUCUCUAAAUUGUGACAAUCGUUAUAUUGAUAUGGUUAAAAUUUCGAUGCCCAUCUCUCAAGUGAACCCAAGUCAAAUUUAUUUCUAUUCUUAUUUUUUUUAUCAUUCUUCAAAUCUUUUGAAGCGCGACUCGUCUCCAUUGGGAAGCUAAAUUAAAUAGAGAUUUCUUCAAUCCUGUUGCAAUCUUCCUGAUUUUAUUACGAAAUACAAGCAUUGUUAAAUGAGAUUGCGUGUUCUGGGAAUACGUGAAAUCAAAGGGCGGAUAUCAAAAAGAGAAGAAAACAACAAUAAAGUCAGGAAUACGAAUGUGAUUUUUGUAUGAAAGUUAAAAUUGAUCAUAUCCCGGAAUCAAUCACGCAAGAUAGGUUGCAAAGAAAUUUACAUUUUCCAACCAUUGACAUGCAAAUUUGAAUUGCAUUACUCAACUUAUAGGGUGUAGUUAGACAUGAUUCCAGCGCAGAGGAGCAACCAAAAUUCGCCGAUCGGGGAAGCACGGUACAUCGAAAGGGGAGAAAAAGAUAAAGCGGAGGUUCACCGCGGGAAUAAAAGUUUGAUAAAUAAUCCAAACAGUGUUAAUCAAAAAUCGACCGGUGAUAGCAACGGGUCAUUAAAUUCUAACCACCAAGGGGGAGGAGGGGGAACCGGCGGAAACGCCACGCGAGAUCCAACGCGGGACAUUGAAUUAACCAGAGCUGGCUUGCAACAACCGUCGCCACGGGGGAGGAAAAAAGGUAGCGAAAGUGAACUUGCUAAUGGGGAAAACAAGGGCGUAAAUAUCAACAACAUCAACAACAACAACCAAAACAAGUCACCAUAUUUAGACAGCAAAAAACAACAGUUAGAAGGUGAUGGUACGAAUGAUAGCAAUAAUACCAGAAAAAGUCAGAAAGAUAUUGGCGCCAUCAUUGAAAACAAAUGCAGUAUUACUAACCCCGUUGACUGUUAUUCCAAUUCAGAUUCACCGGACCAAAUCACAAACAAGCCCGCGGACAUAAAUGUGAACAACCAACCCACAGGGGAUGAAAAGCCUCAUCAUGAUGGGUAUCGAAAUAGGGAUAAUAAUACCACCAGUGGUCCUGGCACAAAACACAUAACGACACAACUUCCGCCAACUACGGAACAAAAUUGUGCUCCAAGUAGUUAUGAUAGUUAUGAUGAAAAGAGUGCCAUAACAAACCAGUUAGACCAGCAAAAUCUAUCACCAGGCUCGCCUACUUCAUCGCCCAGUGGUAAUGAAAUUACAAAUGACAGUAAUGCUGAUUCCAUUGUUAAAUCACAAUCAAUUCUCGCUCAACCAAAUUACCCGGAUAAUCAAGUAACAGGCUGUGAAGCUUUGAAAAACAAUACCAAAUCUAGUCAGGAUAAAAGUAGCACGGAGGAUACCCAAGCUGCUGAAAUUCAGCCGGCUGAAAACAGCAAUAACGAAGCCAGUACCCCUGAAAUAAACUACCCUGUAGUCCAAAACAAUCUCUCAUUUGAUAGGGCCGAAACCCCAGAUUUUCGAAGUCAGUCUGUAACUCCGAGACCAGGAUCGAGGGCCGAGUCAAUACGACUCCUAAGUCGACUCAGCUCCGUGCGCCUUGGCGGCAACGAUCAUUUUGCCUCAACUCCUCCGGGUUACCGAAGGUUAUUACCUCACCUUUUUGCAGAUAUCACAGUAGAAUCACUAUUUAACAAAGCCGAAAUGCGACGAAUUAAUUUCGUAGACGAAAGUGAUAACUUUGAGAAGUUGGCCGAUUUUCUUGUCGCCCCUGAGGGAACCUCGUCAGCAACGAUAUGUGACAAGUUUUUCAAAGAAUGGAAACUGGAGACGCCCAAGUUGAUAAUAUCGGUGAGUGGGUGGAGCAACAACAUGCCAAUCGUUCCGCCCAGACAACUACUGAGGCUGAAGCAGGGACUGCUGAGGACUGUCCAAUCAACGAACACUUGGAUUUUGUCCACGGGAAUCACACAUGGAGUCGACGGUCUCAUUGCUGAAGUUCUUCAAGACGCUCAAUAUUUGGAAUGGAUCGGACAACAGGAGCCAAAAUUGCAUCUUAUUGGAAUGGUCAACUGGAACCUCAUCCGACAUGGGGAUGAAGUCCAGUUCUGGACUGGUGCACCUCGGAAGGAAAACUCAGAGACUGAAGACGCAUUCCAUUACAACGUGAACAGCGGCCUUGACGAAUCUGCUACCCUAAACAAACUUUUUUCCCAUUUUGUUUUCUUCGACUCUCAUUCGCCGACGAAAGAUGCCGAGAUGCGGUCGGCUCUCGAGUGUUUCCUUUCGUCGAACCGAGAUCCAGUCGUGGAAACGGCGACACCGGAAUCGGGCGAAGAGCCGAACAUAACUGCCUCGACAACAGCAGCUAACACAAUUCCGACUGUGUUAAUAGUAAUGGGCGGAGAGCUCCCUAUUUUUGAGCAAGUUGCGAAAAGUUUGGUCAACCACAUUGCGGUUGUUAUAUGCGAGGGAGUAGGGGGAGCAAGUGAAAUAAUCGCCAAGGCUCUCAGACUUGUUCGAAAAUCCAGGAACCCUUUGACUAUUAACCAAGAAACAAACAUACAAAUACUGAUCAACAAUCUGGCUAAAAAAUUGGGGGUUGAACUCGAUGAAGUCCAUAAGACUGAACUACAGUUCAUUAAAAUUAUUCUAGAAUAUUCCCGAUAUGUCAUCAUUUACAGGAUCGACAGGCCAAAUAACCAUAUGGACGAGUGCAUUCUGAAGGCGCUGAUUAGAUCUGUGUCUGAUUUAGGAUGCGACGCGUUGCAACUGGCUAUGAAUUUGCACCAAUGUGACGACGUCGUGCAAAGCAUAGUCGAAGCGGAGUCGGAUAUUAAUGAGCGAAAAAAUAUUGGCGCGACUUGUUUUCGAGCCUUAAUUGAAGGACAGCUUCCUUUCGUGAAGCUCUUCCUGGAAGUCGGCUUUGAAAUGAAACGCUUUCUCACGCCAAACCGGCUCUCAUUGCUAUACCAAGAUACGAUCGAAAAAAGUACGCCGUUAUUGAAACUGUUAACCAGAACAGUUGGACCAAAAGACAGUUACUCGUUGAGUGACGUUUACUUCAUGGUGUACUACUACACCCUAGCGUUUCCAGAGAACCGAUUGGUUGACCUUCCGGAAUCUGGAGGCCAAAAGGGGUUCGAGGACCCGUUCCGGGAACUUUGCUUCUGGUCUCUAUUCUCCCUCAAACCUGAACUGGCACAUUUCUUCUGGAGCAAAGCCAAAGACCCGCUUAUAAUCGCACUCAUGUGUGCUAAGCUGUGGCAGGAAAUGUACAACUGUCUCACAAUUGGAGAGAUGGAGUUGAAAGAAGAGGUAGAACCCCUGGUGGAACAGUACCGCAAUCUGGCUCUGAGCUGUCUCGAGGAGUACCAGGGUACCAAUGGAGAUCUGAGUGCAUUUCUGCUGACAUACAAGAACCCGAAGUUUGGGUCAAUUGACUUGAUAGACGUGGCUGGGUUCACAGACAACAAAGACUUCAUAGCUACCACUGAAUCUCAGAUUUGCAUUGAGCACAAGUGGAAGAAAGGCAUGCGCUGCUCCUUUAAAGGGAUCAUCUUCUCGGUGUUUUUCCCCUGCUCUAUUCCCUCCAUCUACAGCGAGAAAGUGGUGACUGACUUUGACGUGGACUCCAACGAUAACGGACUCAGUCUGGAGGAGGAGAUACUCCUGCUGGAACAGCAGAACCAACAAAUGAACAACCUCAUGAAUCAGGCGCGACUCCAGAGCAUAGCCGAGUGUAACUCUGAACAACAUCACGAGUUGUACACGCCAACCACAAAAGUUGCGGGCGACGAAAUGGGUGCAAAGUCUAGCGGAGCUCAGAGGAAAGAUUCGAACUCGUUUAUUUCCUCGGAAGAAGACCACACAGCAAACAUUCCGCCACCCCCUCCCCCCUACGUUGCGGUCAUCGACCCGAGUCAAACGGGGGGCAACUCACACAAAGCGACGAUUCAAUCAAAAAUAGACGAUAUGCAGAUCGAGCAAUUAGACGACAACACUGGCGUAUUGCUGAAACAAACCACUUACUCUCAGUUUUACAAUGCACCCGCAACCAAAUUUUUCCUUCACAUUUCCAUGUAUUUUAUCUUCCUAGUGAUAUACACGUAUUUCUACUGCUACGAGAACUCGCCCGGCCUCAUGAACAAAUGGAAGAUCACGAUUUUCGUCUACAUGGUCUCUUAUGUAAUUGAGAUCGCGUGGCAUUUCUGCCAAGGCAGCAUUGGACUCAAGGUGAAGCUGGUGAUCUGGUGCAGUAGUGAGUGGAAUCUUCUCGAUGUGACCUACCUCAGUAUGGGUAUCGUGGCGUUCUUCUGCUCUGUGACUGAGGGAUGGCCCAUGACCAUAGCCAGAGCGCUUUAUGGUGUCACUUCGAUUCUUAUGUGGAUCAGACUGCUCCGGUUUUAUCUGGCUAGCGAGAAGCUCGGAAGCAUGUGGAUCAUGAUAAGAAGGAUGCUGUGGGAGACGAUGAUCUUCAUGACUCACAUGGGCAUUAUGAUCAUAGCUUCGGGCAUUUCACUGUACUGUAUCAAUAACAAAGACCCCGAGGACUUCUUCCACAUGGACACGAGUGACCCCAGUCUGAGCGAGGAGGAGGUCAACCGCAUAAACGUCUGCCAGUCAAAGUACAGACAACUGAUGUUGUACCGUGAGGCGGAGUGGCUGUUCCUGCAACCGUACUUCAUGUUCAACGGAGAACUAUUCCUCAUCCCCCUCAAGUGUGGAGAACAUGGCACCAUAGCGUGGAUCAUGGCCGCCCUGUUCCUGCUGCUAGGCAACGCCCUUAUGCUCAACCUGUUGGUGGCUAUCUAUGCGGCCAUCUUCAACGACGUGCAGAAGAACUCGGAGAGGGAGUGGAAGAUGGAGAUGUACUGGCUGCUGAAGGACUUCGAGGCCAAGACUAUUUUGCCACCUCCACUGUCUCUAGUCGAAACUGUGAUCCAGAUUGUUCGCAUACUGUACUCCAGGAGGUGCAAGAAGAAGAAAAGCCGAUCAGAGGAACAGCUCAAAAACCAAGAUAUGGUUCAAGAAAAUGGCUCAGAUAACAAUCUCGACGACAAUGUGUCGGAAGGCGACGACGGAACAGGAGUUCCUCUGAGGACUAUCGAGCGCCUGCAGAUAUUCGAGUCCUAUUGUGUCGGCAAAGCACUGCGCAAGAUCGGGUUGCAGCGGAGCUGCUACGAGAGCGUUGCCGACAUGAUCCAAGACACUGAAACUCAGCUGGGUAAGGUGCAGGACUGCCGGACUAUGGUGAACAAUGUCCGCCGCAUGAUCCAGACUCAAAAGUCAAGGCGGAAGGAGAGAAGACGACAACACAAUUUGAAUAAUGAGACCACGAAACCGAAUGAGUAGAUUAGAUAUACCAAUUUAUGCGAUUCGAUUGUGCAAUCAAUUAUGUAGAAGGGUCAGCUGAGAUUUGAUGUGCAAAUAUCAAUUUUUGUUUUAUGCGAAGUUUUUUGUAAAAUUAUUUGUAUAAUUAAUAUGGAAUUGUGUGAAUCGACUUUAUUUCCUCGAAAUUUUAUAGAACCAAUUGUUUGCUAAAUUUGUUCAAUUUUAUUUCUUCUAUGGUAAUUCAU